AUGGCAAAUCGGGGAGUCAAGAGAAACUUUGACACGGUGGACCCCAGCAGCGACACCACCAUCAGCAACGACACCACCAGGAACAUGCGCGAGGCCAAUCCAAGCCCAACAACAGCAUCCGCCUCGGAGCCUCACUUCCAUCCAACGACGAGUAAUCCCACAACCGGCGCCAAUAUGUCACGGGCUGCCGGACCAUCAAACCAAGCUACGUCCAACGUCAACCCUACUCCCGACGCCAACAUAGGUGAUCCACCCAACGCCAACGCAACCUCACCUCGCGCCGCGUACCACCGCCGCCAAGCCGCAGCCACUGUACAACGCAUCGUCCUUGAGGAAUCAGUAGCGCUCACGGAACAAAUUGCCGAAACUUUGACAGAGCACGAGCUCAGGCAUAUUCUGCGCACGUGCAUAAUCAGGGAGGCUUCUGGGAUCCCGCAGAGGGCUAUGAUCAAGUACCUUAUCAGAAAGCUUGCGCUGAUGAGGAUGGUCGAUCACCCAGACUUUCCCGAGUUUUUUGAGAGGUUCCAGCGAGGGGAAAUGGACGUUGAAAGUGGGGCGGAGGCUGAUGAUGAGAGGGAAGAGGGUGAUGAGUAUAUGGGAGAGGCUGAAGAGGUGUGGGAUACGGAUGAGGGAGAGGCUGGAGAGGAUAUGGCAGAGGCUGGAGAGGAGAUGGAUGCGGAGGAGGGAGAGGCUGGGGAGGAGAUGGACACGGAAAGUUAG